AUGUGGUUCAAGCAAUUGCGAAUUUCGAAAAAUCUCUCGGUUGAAUUUCGAAAAAUUUUUACCUUGGCUUGGCCCUUGAUCUUGAUCAAUGUUACUCGUUCAUCGAAUCCAAUUGUCACUACUGCUUUUUGUGGUCACUUAGAUAGGACCAGCUUAGCUGCUGCAACACUAGCAACUUCGUUUAUUAAUGUGUUUGGGCUUUCUAUUGUUACCGGCCUUUGCGCGGCAUGCGACACUCUAUUCCCUCAGGUAUUUGGAAGCAGCAACAAGAAAAAACUUGGAAUAGUACUACAGCGCAGCCUGAUAAUUUUAUCCCUGUCUUUGCUGGUAAUUUACACACUAUGGUUUAAUUGUGGCGCACUAUUGUUAGUUCUAUUCCGCCAGAAUAUCGAUGUUGUCAGACUGACUGACACUUUCAUCAUAAAUGCCAUACCAUCAUUAAUGGGUCAACUUUACUUCUUGAUAUUACAAAAAUACCUCCAAGCACAGGGAAAUGUAAUACCAGCAGCAAUAAUUGGUUUGAUUGGUAAUGGUAUUAAUGCAUUGUUAUGCUACCUCUUCCUUUUCGUCUUCAAAUGGGGACUGACAGGUGCGGCUUGGGCUAGCAAUAUUUCCUUCUGUUUCUUGCCUGUUGCCACGCUAGUUUACAUUAAAUGGAAAAAGGUUCAUCUUAGUACAUGGGAUGGCUGGUCUCAAGAUUUGUUCUUGGAUUGGUUCUCGUACAUGAAGCUUGCUACGGCCGGUGUAGUAAUGCUGUGUAUAGAAUGGUGGAGUUUUGAAGUGUAUACAAUCGCAGCUGGAUUGCUAGGUACAGUGGCGCUGGGUGCACAAGGUGCUUUAGUCAACACAUUACUCUUUUUGUUCGUGGUCUGCCUAGGUAUCGGCGAUGCCGCUACUGUUCGCGUUGGUAAUGAAUUGGGUAGCAAUAAUCCCACUGGUGCUCGUAGAGCAGCAUUAGCUGCUCUAUUUCUGAGUUCGGUAUCUGUCGUCAUACUUUUCUCGAUUGUCAUGGCGACUAAGGAUGUCCUUGCUCGCGCUUUUACUACGGAUAAAGAAGUAAUCGUUCUGGCGGCAACACUUUACCCCUUCGUAGCUGCAUGCCAUAUCUUCGACGGAACUCAGAGAACACUACGAGCUUAUUGUCAGUUUUGUCUUCCCCGACAUCUACCUACAUGUAUAUGUGGCGGCAUUAUCAAAGGUCUUUGGAUUGGCUCGUUAACUGGAUUAAGUUUGCAAGCAAUGGAAAGAUCAAGAGAUGACACGUUAAAUCUAAGUACAAGUAACAGUGAGAACGAUAUAGAAAUGGACGAAGUUCAGAAAGAUAUUAUAAAUAAAGAUGUAGCUGCUAAUGAUACUGAGACCUUAAUUAAUAGUAACGAAAACAUAGAACAAGAUGUUCAGGUUAUUGUACGAAGUAAUAAAGAUCCAUGGAACUUAAUCUUAAAGCGUCGAGUCAUCACUACGAUUUUUAUUGCAGCUGUCUUUGCAGUGGGAUUAACACUUAGAUUUACUGUUAGUAAUCAGAUUCUACGAAGUACCAAUGAUAGUCAGCCUGUUACCGAAAUACCAAUAUUAAAUACCACUGGAGCUUUUAACGUGUAG